AUGGGGGUCACCGCUCAUUAUAUUGAUGAGAAAUGGAAGCUAUGGAAUCUUGUGGUUGCUGCGGUGGAGAUUGAAGGAGACCACAGUGGGCAGAACCUUGAACAUCAUCUGUUUGAAGUAUUAAAGAAGUUCAAUAUAUUGGACAAGCUCUUUUGCAUUACAGGUGACAAUGCUUCGACGAACGGCACAAUUGCAAUGUGUUUGGAUCAACGGCGUAUUAUUCCUGGAUUUACCAGGAGUGACAAUAUGCUUGGCUGUAUGGCGCAUGUUAUCAAUCUGAUAGCAAAUGCUGGUAUUAAGCUACUUGGAGCUUUUGAUCAGCAACCCAAUCAGAACAUUGUUGAGAUCAUCAACCCAAUGUCCGUCGAUGUGCUACUUCUGGAUCGAGAUAUUGAAAUCGAAAAAAGUUAA